AUGAGUAAGAGCUCUUCAUCUCUUAUCAGUACAUUGUACAAUGAAGACAUAAUGCAUUCUCGAAAAAUAAAUCGAGUUUUCAGUUAUCGUACUAACGCUUAUUUUGGCUUUGAUCCACCGCCAGAUCCACCAAAAGAUAAACUUCAUUUUCAUGUUCCCAAAGAGCGCUCCAAGUACACACCAUUGCCUCGACGUGAUUCAUUAUAUGAAAUCUUUUCGAAUUCUGAAAAUUUUGAUCAAGUCUCUAACCACGAGCUUACCCAACAAACAUUAACACAAGUCCGCAUGAUUUGA